UCGAGCAGGAGAGUUUAAGCGUGAUUGUUGUAUUUUUCCCGUCAGGUGUGUAUCGUUUCUGCGCAUUAAUAGGAGUUUUCAAUAUGGGGAAAGCGAAAACCUGAUGGAUUGUUACUAAAAACUGACGAUUGAAGGGUUUAUUAGAUGUAUUUAUCUUGUUAUUGUUGGCUAAUGGAUAGUGCUGCGUUUGGAGCAGUUAAUGGAAGUGGAUUUGCAUGCGAAACAGAAACUCAAGCAUCGUUUAAAUGAGAAUUUUACUUGCUGGAUGGCUAGUGAUGUCAUCGGCUCGAUUGUUUUCUUCGCAGUUGCAUGGAGGAAGGUGAUGGAUCAAUUCAGUUAUAGCAGUAGCAGCAGCAGUAGUGUACAAAGUGUGUGGUAGACAACAGAGCCAUUAAAAAAUAACGAUUGAGUAAGCGUUUUAUCGCAUUCGUUUUACUGCUUGUAUGAAAACUAAUUGCAAAGGUGACAGGUUGUGGAAAAAAAAAGUUUGACUGCUAAGUAGUUCCGACCAGAAGAUGUGUAAAAUGAGCAUACCAGCGAAAAGGCAUUGACCAAGUUUCCUAUAUUUAGACCAAGUGAAUCACGCACGUUUGAGAGACAGAGAGAGAAAAAACGUUUUGUUUACUGAGUUGAAUCUGCAGAAGUAUAUAAAUCAAGGUCAUUACGAUGGUCUUCGAGAGUAUUGUUGCGGACGUUUUGAACCGAUUCGUCGGCGAAUACGUCGAGAAUCUGGACAAGAAGCAGCUCAAGAUUGGCAUAUGGGGUGGCGACGUCGUGCUAAACAAUCUGAUCCUGAAGCAAAGUGCCCUGAAGGAGCUUGACCUUCCCGUCAGUACAGUAUACGGCCACCUCGGUAAACUGGUGCUGAAAAUUCCCUGGAAAAAUCUGUACAGCGCUCCGGUGGAAGCUAUCGUCGAUAAGCUUUAUCUGUUGGCCGUGCCAAACACGGACGUUCGUUAUAGCGCCGAAAAGGAGGAUAAUAAUGCGUUCGAGACCAAGAAAGCGGAGCUCGCCCGUAUUGACCAAGCGAAGAAAAACGAAGAAGAAAAGGACAAACCGGUUGCCGACAAGUCGUUCGCGGAGAAACUUACCGCACAAAUAGUGAACAAUGUACAAAUUAAAAUAUCCGAUAUUCAUGUUCGGUAUGAGGAUACAACUACGACGGGAUAUCCGUUUGCGUUUGGUGUGACGCUGAGCAAUUUGAGCGUCCACACGACCGACGAACACUGGAUGCAGACCCUCGUGUCACAAUCUGUUACGAAAAUCUACAAAGUAGCACAGCUGGAAAUGCUGUCAGUGUACAUGAACUGCAAUACCCAGCUUUUCCAGGAGCAAGAUCCGUCUAUGUACAAGACACUGUUUCAGGAAACGAUCGCUUGCAAAGGUCACAAACCGGAGGGCUAUCAUUACAUUUUCGGCCCUAUCAGUUCGGGGGCUAAGCUGGAGAUGGUACCGAAUCCAGAAUCGGAAGAAACGCCGUUCAGUUCACCGAAGAUUAAACUGAACUUGUGCAUGGAAACCCUCGGAAUCGGCAUAACGAGGGUGCAGUUCCAGAAUACCAUGCAACUAUUGGAAGCUUUCGGGCGUAUGAUGCGAGCCAUGCCGUACAGAAAGUUCAGACCGCACGGUAUUACGUACAAAAACCACUACCAACAAUGGUGGAAGUUUGCAUACACCUGCGUGUUGGAAACUGAGGUGCGGCGUCGUCGGAAAAACUGGUCCUGGGAGAAUAUGCUGCGGCAUAGAGAAAACCUUAAACGUUACGAGGAAGCGUACAAAAUACAAUUGACCAGCAAAAAGCUGACACCGGAAAUAACGGCACGAUGUGAGGGUUUGGAAAGAAUAUUGGACCUUCAUAACAUCAUCAUAAUUAGGCAAAAGAUUGAGUUGGAAGUGAAGAAGAAAGGCAAAAAACAAGAGGAAGAACAAAGGGGUGGUUGGUUUAGUUCCUGGUGGGGAGGAGGCGCCAAGAAAACGGAUGAUGACAGCAAAACUGAUAUUAAAAAACAAUUCGAAGCAGCCAUGACACCGGAAGAGAAAGCCAAAUUAUUCAAAGCAAUUGGUUAUCAGGAGAAUGAUGCUCCAACCGAGUUACCUGAAAAUUACGUCGCUCAGGUGCUGCAGUUUGAGCUCAAAUCACUGGAGGUGGCAAUAAAAUCGGAAGUUAGUUCAAGUGACUCGAUGAAUAGCCCCAGCAGGGCUCUAGAGCGGGUUAUGUUACUAGAGUUGACCAACGUCAAAUGUGGCGUACAGCAGAGACCUUCAGCUCCCGCUAUGAAGGUAUUUCUACAGAUGCAAGAACUUACUAUUUCGGGACUUCAGCAAAACGAUUCCCUUCCAACGAUCGUGCGAUCGCAACUGGAGGGAUCGAGCACUUUGCUAGAUGUUUCCUUCGAAACGAAUCCCGAGGAUAAACUUUGUGAUCAACGGGUCGUAGUGACUUCGCGUCCUCUUCAGAUUAUUUACGAUGCCGAAACUAUCAUUCAAUUGACGAAAGUUUUCAAAACACCCAAAACUGCAACGAUUUCACAGUUGACGGAUGUUGCAGCGGAGAAAUUGGUCAACAUCAAGGAGCGCUCGGCUACUGGCCUGCAGUAUGCUAUUGCUAAGCAUCCCCGCUUGGAGCUGAAUGUUGACAUCAGCCCCAGCUAUCUGAUAGUACCGAAUGGGGGAUUUUUCUGUGGUCGCGAGUCUGUUUUGGUAGUAAGUCUGGGUAAGCUUUUAGUUCAAACAGAACCACGACCCAUCAACCAGAAAGAUGUUCAUACCAUGCACGAAGAAGGAGCAAAUCAGGAGGAAAUCCUGAACGAAAUAAUCCGUCAAAGUUAUGACAAAUUCGUUCUGGAAAUUAGCGAUGUUCAAGCAAUUGUGGCGACGAUCGACGAGGAUUGGCAGGGUACGCUUCGGUGCAGCUCUGUCACCGAAAUGCACUUGCUAGAACCAACGUCUUUCCGCAUAUCUGCCCAUCUCUGUGUGAUCGAUGAUGACCCCCGGCUGGCCAAGUGUAAAAUUUUCGGCGAACUUCCUACGGUGAACAUCUGCGUCGCGGAACAAAGGGUGCUAGAAGCAUUGUCGAUUGUAACGUCCCUGCCGCUGCCGGAAAGUGAUGAAUAUCAACCGGCUCCCAUUGCCAAAGAUAGUAACGUGUUCAGUUCGAGUCUGUCAUUGCUCAAGUAUUUGGAUGAAAAACAGCAGAAAUUGACGAAAAUUCAACGUCCAGCGGAGAAUCUGAACGUCUCGGAUGCGGUGGAUGGUGAGGUCGUACAAUUUAUUGAUCUGGAGGUUCGAUUUGUUUUGAGUGAAUGCUCUAUAAUCAUUUUUAGAACUAGCGGCACUGGCAGCAGCUCUUCGGAUGUUUUUGCAACGCCAACCGAAGAGUUCUCGCAGUCUCCGCUGGAGCAAAAUUUGAUGCAGCGGAAAAGUGUGGUCUUCAAUGUGCCAUAUUCGAAUACAAAUUCGCAAAAGAUUAUGGCUUUCAAAGUGAAACAGCUGGAAAUGAAUAUGGUUCAACGGACGUACGAUUUGAAGGUCGAUCUGAAGCUGGGCGCGGUAACGUUGGAUCAAUUCCGAACACGGAACGAACAAGAACGGGUGUUGAAUGUUAUCCAGACACCGAAAUAUGACGAUAACGACGAUUAUUUGUUCACUCUGAACUAUACGAAUUGCAAGAAAAACAGCCCGGAAUUCACCACCAAGUAUGAGUCGGUAGAGCAAGAAAUCGAAAUCAAUUUCUCCACCUUAGUGCUGCUGCUGCACGAAGAAGCCCUCAACGAGCUGAUAAGGCUUGCGAAUGACUUCCAAGUGCGGAUGGAAUCGGUUAUGAGUGGGAAGAAGGAACAACAAUUGCAGCAGUAUCCGGAGCGAGAUCGCAUUGCAACGAUUCAUGGGGAGGAAAGUACGGCCACGGUUCUGCUGCAUGCCGCCCGGGAGAAGUUGCCUACCAUAUUGGAGGACGACACGGCUGAGAUUACAACGACUCCAUCGAAAGCUAAUCGAACUCGCCCAUCAAUUGUAGACAGCAUAAAAGUAAGGGUCGUGGCCAAACUGGAGGAUGUUACCGUGGAACUUCAGAACGACAAGCGUUCGAUCGCGGUUUUGGAGGUUCAAAACUUGACUUGCAGUGCCAUAAUUAAAUCUUCAUACACGGAGAUUGUUAUUUUCCUCCAGGACAUUAUUCUAACCGAUACAAAUCCUGCAACAAUUCAUACAAAGAUUCUAUCGAUAAUCGGUGACAACGCACUGAAAGUGCAAGUCGUCCUCUUUAACCUGGAGGCAACCUCCGACUACAACUCGGACGAUAUGCGCAUCGGAGUUACGAUGGGUUGCGCUAGAAUCGUGUUUCUAAAUUGGUUUGUGACUUCGAUAUUGGCAUUUUUGGAUAACUUUCAGGCAGCUCAGCAGCGAAUUAAAGAUGCCAGCGCUGCUGCGGCCGAAGCCGCUAAGAACAACGUGGUAGAGGCGUAUAGCAAGGCAACCCGGAUGAAGUUGGACAUCAAAGUGAAGGCCCCGAUAAUAGUGAUUCCGGUUGAUUCGAAAAGUUUGAAAGCGGUGGCAAUGGAUUUCGGUCACUUGAGUAUCACUAACAAUUUCCACGACAUCGCAACGGAACAUACGCAUGGUCCGGCCAUAAUCGAUGAGAUGAAAAUUGAAUUGAAGGAUAUGAAGCUCUCGAAGGUGGAAGUUUGUCCCUCGGUGGAUAGCAGCAUACCACAUUCAUCCAGAAUCGGAUCAGAGGAGAUGAUUUACGGAAUUGUACCAGAUCAGAGUGCGGUACUGAGCCCGACAAGUUUUACGCUUAUCAUGAAACGAAAUUUAUCCUCCAGUUGGUAUCGAGAUCAACCGGAUAUGGAUAUUUCAGGCCGUUUGAAAGCAGUAGAGCUCAACUUUAUUGCCACUGACUACAGCGUAAUCAUGCAAAUUCUGUCAAAAAAUAUGACAGAAGGACAGGAUGAGUUUAAGAAACUUGCGAUAAAAACGCAAAAAUCACCAACUAGCCCUCAGAUCAUUAAUUAUACUACUUCAAACGCUGACAAUUAUGCACUCGAUGGAAAAUCCAACUGGUCUACAGUAGCGAAAAAAGCCACAGCAAAACCAUUCGGAGUGGACGUCGCCGUUCUGAAGGCCAAACAAGAAACAAUCCCCAAAGAUCCGGUAAAGCAGAAGGUUGAUGUUUUCCUAAAAUUCAGUUUCCAAGUUGACAGUAUUAAUAUUAAGUUGUUCACGGCUCCCGGGGAAGGACUGGCAGCCUUCGAGAUAUUCUAUCUUUCACUGCAGGGUAACAAAUUAACCAACGGGUCCCUGAAUACUGCUGUCAUUCUGUGCGACAUUCGGUUGGACGAUAUUCGACCCAAUCGGGAGAACAUGCUGACUCGGCUGAUGGAACGACGUUCCAACAAGCACUCGAAAAUCAGUAUCGCCAGUCGGAGCGACGAUGACGAAACGAUUGCCCUGAUGGCUCCGCUUCACUCGAUGAUUGACGUCACGUUUAAUAUGGAGGAGAACGAAAUGUUCGCCGAUGUGAAGGUGUCUAGCUUUAACCUGAUAUUGUCGGUCGAUUUCUUGCUGAAACUGCAGCAGUUUCUGCAACCAGAAGAACUGGUCGAGGCGAAGGCCAUCCAGGCGGCGGAAGAACAGGCGAGACGUGAACGGAAAACAAGCACUGCGACCGCCCCUGCGGAGCGGUCCGAUCCUGGUCAGAUGAAAGUCAAUAUUAAGAUCGAGCAGCCGGAUAUUAUACUGGUGGAAAAGAUGGAUGACAUCAACUGCUAUGCGCUGAUUUUGAACAACGAAAUCUCGCUGAACGUGCGGCUGGUGGGCGAGCGACAGAUUAUCAUGGGUGAGCUGAAGGAUCUCUGCUUGUACUAUGCGGAGUUCAAUCCGGAGCGUCGUAAUGAAACGAAACACUUUGUUAUCCAUCCGUGUUCGGUUAGCUUGAACGGUUCCACUCCGGAAGGUAAGGGACUGCACCUGAGCUUGAACUUGACCAAUAUUAAGGUUAGUGUUUCGCCCGCGGUCAUCGAGCUGAUGAACAAUGCGCUAGUAACACUGACUGCCAAUGAACAGAUCAAAUUAAACGAAACUCAAGCGGCAGUUGACUAUAGUGAUUUGUGGAACAUCAAAAGCUACGAUCCAGACGACUUCUGGUUCAUCCGGCCGGAGCUUGCGGAAGACGCGCUAAGCUUAGAAUCACUGCGAACUAUUGAGAUCAAAGAGGAAAAGUGUAUGAUAGAGGUUCCUUCAAUUUCACUGAUAAUCGAAACGGGUCUUGAGACUAAUACGAUUCCGAUGUUGUUUAUUCAAACCGACAUGCGAGCGGAGGUGUCCAACUGGAGUUCGGAUAUGAAAAUAAGUAGCUCUUUACGGCUGAGUAUGUCAUACUAUAACCAGGCAUUGGCCCUAUGGGAGUACGUGAUCGAACCGAACGAGAUAGAACAUCCUAACGGAGCAGUAGAAAACGUACCAUGGGAGUUGACCUUCGAGCUAGAGGUUGACCACCAUGAGGAUCGUACACGAGAUCCAACCACUAAAAUCGCUGUCGGCUCCAAGGACAGCCUGGAGAUGACAGUAUCGAAGACCUGCCUAGAUGUGAUUCAGAAUUUGCGCAAAGCUUUUUCCGAAGCGAUUAAGCGGGAGGGUAUAGCACAAACAGAAAUUUUGGCUCCCUACACGGUGCAUAACGAUACUGGGCAGGACAUUAAGAUCAACUUCGUUGGUGGAGAUUUUACAAUCCAUUCUUCACAUCUACAAACGGAUCGAGAGAAUGAUUUUAUCGCCAUAGAGCAGUCUGGUACUGAUGACAUUAUCAGCUGCAUCGUUAUGCCGAACGGAAAACUAAACCUAGAACCAAAGGAAAAGGAUGCUGAGCUCUCCAUGAAUACUGUGAUGCAAGACAACGAAAAUAGCGUGAAGAAAAAGUUCCUUACCGUUAUCGUUGGCGAUACGGAAAAGGAGCUUUCACUUCCGGUGUACAAAGCGGACAAACGUUACUUCCCGUUGUAUCGUAAAACCGACCAGGAACCGAAAGCCAUAAUUUCGGAGGUAAAAAUUGAACACGGUUCGACAGUUGUGGUAUUACGAGGAAUUAUUCAGGUUUUCAAUCACUUCACUGCCCCACUGUUUGUUCAUCAAUUUAUCGCUCACGAGAAACAACUUGUAGGAGAAAUACGCCCAGGCGGAUUUCUAAACGUUCCACUAUACUACUUGUAUAGUGAGCCGAGGGAACUUCACUUUUCGAUGAAGGGCUAUCAUUCAUCGGCACAGGGGCUCAGCUGGAAGGAACAGCCAAACAAUCUAGAACUCAUAAAAUCUCUGCAAUGCGACCCAAUAAAAACUUUCGAGCCUUUCUAUAUUACCGCGGUUCGCGAGCGACACGAUGUGUUCCAUGAAGUCACUUCCAAGCACACCAUGCUCAGUGCAUGCUACGAAAUUCACCUGAGACCUCCGCUGACGGUGCGGAACGCGCUGCCCAUUGAUUUGACCAUAUCGGUAGCAGGCUGCUCCGUGCGAAGGGAGUUGCAGAACGAAAUUAUCACCAGUUCGGAGAGUAUUUCCACCUCCUCGACAAUCGUCGGUGAGGAUUAUCUAGACUACGGGGAGAAGUCUCUUCGACCGGGAGAAUUGUUACAUCUUCCAACGGUCAAAACAACGGCGGUAACGUCUACGGAAACGACUUAUAUCGUAGCUAGAUUGAUACAAUAUUUGGAAAAAGAUUGGUCAUGCACCACUGAGAUUCCAGCGCAGCCCCCGGAGUUUGGGGUAUGGACUUUCAAUGCAUACGAUUCAGUGGAAGUUAUGUCCCUGCAAUUGGGUGUCAAAUAUGAACAUCGUAGCGAUGGUUUGACACUCAUCGUUUACUGCCCUUUCUGGAUGCUCAACAAGACGGGUUUGAUGCUCAGCUACAGGAUACGAAGGGCACGAAUUUGCGAGAAGCUUCCGAAGAUCAGCUGUGGAACCCUUCCGGAAAAAGCUAAUGAUGAGAACACAAAUAUUCUGUACCAUCCGCCCGAAUACGAAGGGCCGAUACUGUUCUCGUUCAGGGAGAAAGUGUUCUUCGGCAAGAAGAAGGCUGCCAUCCGCGUGGAUACCGGCGAAUGGAGCGAAAAGUUUUCGCUGGAUGUUGCUGGUUCCAGUGGUGUGAUUGCGUGUCAAGCCAAUAACAUGACAUAUCAGAUUGGAGUACAUAAUACUCUGACGCACAAUUCACUAACGAAGCAGAUUGUGUUUAUGCCCUAUUAUGUGCUCAUAAAUCGAGCCGAAUUCGACGUGGAGGUACAGGAACAUCUGCGACCUGGGGACCCCUGGACUCGGGUGAAGGUGGAUGAUUGCGUGCCCCUUUGGCCCUACACGGAAGAAAACCGGAUGCUACGAGUGAAAGCCAGCGGCCAACCAGAAAUCACUGCACCAUUCAAGUAUACAGAGGUACAGUGUACCUUGUUGCAGCUGAAGAACCGUUACGGAGGAAUCAAUGUAGAUGUACACGUUACUGAGGGUGCUGUUUACAUCACCUUCACUGGGUAUCACGUGGGUGAUGCACCUGCUCUGUUGAUCAACCAUACCAAUGAGGAGUUUGCGUUCAGAGAAAAGGGAGACGUUAAUGGAAAAAUCCUCAUGCCAAAUCAGUUGGUGCUGCACACAUGGAUUAACCCUGCCGGUGAGCGAACAAUCGUCUGGGACAGCGGCUCUAAAUUGGUUCUGAUUGAGAAUGACUUGCGAAAGGAUGAAAUAAGUGAGUUCAAAUCGCCUACCGAUAAGGACAUUUAUUGGGUUUCAUUUCUAAACGGGACUCAGCGGGUUCUGCUGGUCACCGAUAAUGCCAACAUUGCUUACGGUGUGAACAGUGCUAGCCGUCUGGAUCAGGUGACACAGGAAAUCAAGCUCGAAAUUCACGGAGUUGGUUUAUCGCUGGUGAAUAAUAUGAAACCGUGCGACCUGAUGUACAUUGGCAUUGCCAGCUCCGGGGUCAUUUGGGAAGAAUGUAAGCGUUCCGGUCGCUUCAAACAGAUGAAAAUACAAGAAACGCUAAACAUGGAAAACAUGUAUCAACAAUAUAUGCGCGACAUCGAAAUUGGAGCGUCGUCCAAUAGAAAGUACUUUCUGGAAGGGGAAAAGCGCGUUGAGGUAGAUUUCAACAACUUCAUUAUACGGAAAUCAACAGAUCGUGAGAUCAAGCGCACUUUCUAUCCGGGUCUGUGGUUCGAAAUAAAAUCAUCCUCCCAUCAGAUGCAGUUCCACGCGAAAAUCAACCGAAUUCAAAUUGACAAUCAGCUGUCGGACUGUAUAUUCCCCGUAGUCCUGGCGCCAAUUCCUCCACCGAGAAGUGUAGCCGCUACGACGGAGUUUAAGCCGUUCAUUGAGAUGAGUAUGGUACAGCGAAUCAUUCCGCACUCGAAUGUUAAACAGUUCAAAUAUCUGAGAGUAUUGAUGCAAGAAUUUCACGUCAAAGUGGAUCUACUUUUUAUCAACGAAAUUUUCGAGAUGAUUAGCAAUGAAAUAACCGAAGCAGAAGCGAAACUACUUUUCACCGAGGAUUUAAAGGUUCAAACGCAGCCACUACACGCGCACGUUGCCAUCCAAUCGCAGGUGGAGGUUAAGAACUUCUACGAUAAUCUUCACCUAGGUCCCCUCAAGAUCCACGUCAGCUUCUCGAUGGCUGGUUCGGAAUCGAAAGCACUACCGGGAAUUCUCUCCACCAUUUUGCAGGGAGUCGGUGUUACGCUGACCGACAUCAACGGUGUCGUCUUUCGGUUAGCCUUUUUCGAGCGUGAAUUUCAGUUCCUGACCCAGCGACAGCUGGUAUCGGAGUGCGUUACGCACUACAGCGGACAAGCGGUCAAGCAGCUGUACGUGCUAGUGCUCGGUCUGGAUGUCAUUGGAAAUCCGUACGGGCUUGUGGUUGGAUUCACGAAAGGUGUCGAGGAUUUGUUCUAUGAACCAUUCCAGGGAGCCAUUCAGGGACCGGGAGAAUUUGCUGAAGGUUUAGUGCUGGGAGUGAGAUCACUGUUUGGUCACACUGUGGGCGGUGCAGCAGGAGCGGUUUCAAAGAUUACUGGUGCCAUGGGUAAAGGUCUAGCUGCUUUGACUUUCGAUGAUGAUUACCAGAAAAAGCGACGCGAUGCGUUGAACAAAAAACCAGCCUCUCUGCAAGAAGGAAUCGCCCGCAGUGGCAAAGGGCUGGUGAUGGGUGUAUUCGAUGGUGUUACGGGAGUUUUCACUAAACCAAUAAGUGGUGCCAAAGAGGAAGGUUUUGAAGGAUUCUUUAAAGGGUUAGGAAAGGGAGCGGUUGGGUUGGUAGCACGUCCGAUAGCAGGUGUGACCGACUUUGCCAGUGGAAGCUUUGAUGCAGUAAAACGGGCCACUGAACUCUCCGAUGAAGCAAUGCGGCUGAGGGCUCCCCGCUUUCUCCACAAAGAUGGAAUCGUUAGACCGUACAAUAGAAGAGAAGCGGAAGGAAAUAAAUUGUUGAAGGAUAUUGAUAAGGGUAAAUUUGCCGUAACGGACACUUUUGUUUAUUACGAGACUGUUGACAAUAAAGAUGUAGUAGUUCUAACCGACUGUCGAAUCAUCUAUGCAGUCAAGAGUGACUUAUUUGGUGGAUGGCAGUGCGAGUGGUCUCAUCGUUGGGUAGAAGUUCUCAGCAUAUCUAUUCUAAACGACGGAGUGGAAAUUCUGCUUCGCAGCAAGGACAGUAAAUCUGCGCUGAGAAAAAUGUUCAGCUCAAACGCAAAUCAGAAGAAGAUUCUUUUGCUCUCGGUGGCAUAUAAACGAAUUCGCCUGGCGGAAAUGAUGGACCGAUUGCGGAUGAAGGCUGAAUGAUAGUAGCUCAUUAGUGCACCGUUCGAUAUAUGCUUUAGCCAUCUAGAAUAUCACAGAGUCAUUUAUUCGUCUGACGGCAGUGUUAGAUCGCCAUCAAUUACCAUUGCAUUAGCUUAUAAUUAGUUAGCUGGCAGUACUGUACUGUGCUGCUUCCAAAUUAAAGGAAUGGUGAUAUUUAUUCCGAAUAUCAGAGUUAUAAUAUAGGGUAUGUUCUUGUUAUAUGUAGCUAUUCAUAUAUUACCGUCCGGUGAGACUGGUUGCUUUUUGAAAGUACAUAAAAGUACACUAAUAAUAAGUGUAGCCAGAACAUAAUGUUGGUUUUACGUCACGUAGACCAUCAAACUGAGUUAGAACACAAUCAUAAGAGACCAAUUCUAGAACCACUAACCAACGCAGGAUGGAAUUUUAAACGACAGAAUAUCUGUGAAAAGCAACCGGAAGCAAUCUCUUUUCUAUACAUGCUAAAAUAGCGUACGUAUCUUUUUAGCUUGAAAUCAAUAGGAACACGGGAAACCGAACGCAAAUCGAUUCAAUCGGCAAUAUUAACCAGUUGUCUUUAUGGACAAACUUAAACACACACUUUCCACGAAUAUUUACACCAUUUUUCUUUUCGAGCGAAGGUUGCAGCCUGUAUAAUAAAUGUAUUAAACUAG